AUGGCAUUGUCGCAGGAACGAAAGCUCCCCUUUGGGAAGAUUGAACCCCAUUCCAUGAAGUACUUCGCCAGCUGCACGCUAGGCGGCAUUGUUGCAUGUGGACCUACCCAUACCCUCGUGACUCCGCUCGACCUUGUAAAAUGCCGUCGCCAGGUCGACCCCAAGAUCUACAGCUCAAACAUGCAGGCAUGGCGCUCGAUAUUCUCGAAAGAAGGACUGCGCGGUGUGUUUUUCGGGUGGUCCCCGACAGCCGUGGGCUAUUCCUUUCAGGGUGCAGGCAAAUACGGGUUAUAUGAGUACUUCAAGUACCUGUAUGGGGAGCGCUUGUUCCCCAAUGUGAACACUACCGUGCUCUACCUGGGUGCGAGCGCGUCAGCUGAAUUCUUUGCUGAUAUUGCGCUGUGUCCAUGGGAGGCUAUAAAGGUUCGCAUGCAGACGACCCUGCCGCCGUAUGCGCACAACUUGCGCGAGGGUUGGAGUAAGAUCGUGACCAAGGAAGGAAUCGCAGGCUUGUAUAAGGGCUUGUAUCCGCUGUGGGCGCGUCAGAUCCCGUACACCAUGACCAAGUUCGCAACGUUUGAAGAGACGGUCUCAAUGAUUUAUCGGACUCUCGGAAAGCCCAAGGAGAGCUACAACAUCCUGCAGCAGACCGGGGUCAGCUUCCUGGGAGGCUACAUUGCGGGUAUCUUCUGUGCUAUUGUCAGCCAUCCUGCUGAUGUCAUGGUUAGCAAGUUGAAUGCGGAUCGUCAAGCUGGUGAAUCUGCCGGGCAUGCUGUAUCCCGAAUCUACAAGAACAUUGGAUUUGCAGGCCUGUGGAACGGUCUUCCAGUCAGAAUUGCCAUGCUGGGAACAUUGACAGGUUUCCAGUGGCUCAUUUACGAUUCCUUCAAGGUGUUCCUUGGUCUUCCCACCACUGGCGGCCACUAG